AUGGCACACAUCCGAUUCAGAACCACAUCUGCCGCGACCUCCCGCGCACACGGGCGCGCGCACGCGGGUGGCCUUCGGGUGCGCGUGCGUGCCGAGAGCGGGGACAGGACAACGCUGACGUCAGAUGGCGGCCGCUUUGUCGGACUCGUGCUACGAACCCGUCCGGAACCAGCAGAGAUGCAUCACUCCCUGUUCCCCCUCUGCGUCAUGGGACUCAUCGCGCUCUCAUCCGCCUGCUACAUCCAGAACUGCCCCCGGGGAGGGAAGCGGGCUCUGCCGGAGGCUGGAGGCAGACAGUGCAUGUCUUGCGGACCUGGAGACAGGGGCCGCUGCUUUGGCCCCAGCAUCUGCUGUGGGGAGGACCUGGGGUGCCUUCUGGGAUCCCCGGAAUCGGCUCACUGUGUGGAGGAGAACUACCUGCUGACGCCCUGCCAGGCGGGAGGGAGAGCGUGCGGACCUGAGGGGGGACGCUGCGCCGCCGCCGGCUUUUGCUGCUCCUCUGAGAGCUGUGUGAUGGACCCGGACUGCUUAGGGGAGAUGGAGGCCACAGAACCGGCCCACAGCUCGGCCAGGAGCUCGCCCACGGAGCUGCUGCUGCGUCUGCUUCAUGUGGCCAGCAGAGGACAGAAUGAGUACUGAUUCCUGCGGUCUGCUGAAACACACGCUGAGCCUCAAGUUCCCAAGUCCAAUUUCGUUCAGCUAAUCCUGCCUCGGUUUGAACUAUCUUCAGCUUGUUACACGAUAAGCCACUCAGACACAAUUCCUUGGAGAGAUUAAUCAUAAUGCUAAUGGUAGAUCUGAUGUUUGUUCACAGAUGAAAAAUGUAUAUACUAAUGCACAUACUGUAAACAGUACAAAGCUCCAGUUCAAAUAUGUGAGUUAUGACUAAAUUGUGUAAAUAUAUAGAAAUCUAUGAGAAUUGAAGUUGAAAACCAACCGAGUAAAAAUGCCGAAGUACACUUCUCUUGUGUAGUAGAAAUAUUAUUGUACAUUGAAAAUGGGAUAAAAAUACAAAAUGUUUCGCC